GGGCUCUAAACCUACAGUUCCUGAAUCUGUUAAACAAAUGAGUACUAAGAAAGACACUGAAUUUUCUGUCCACAUAGUCUAUUGCAGUGGAUGAGGAUAUGGUUCAUUUUACAAUUUCUUUAUUGAAUGUUUAUAAAUAAUAUAUCCUAAUGCAAAGGUUACAGGUGAACAGACCCCGAAUGUAAUUUCAAUUUAUAUGCUAGGUUUCUGGAUAUUUUGAAAUUGAAGUUACAAAAAAUGGUAAAAAACAACUUGUUCAUUCAAAAAAAAAUGGCGAAGGAAUUUUUAACGAAAAAACAUGUCAGUCAAUUUUGAACAAAUUGAAGAAUUACGUUGAGGCUUGAGAGUCUCUUCAAAAGUCAGAUAAUAUAUAGGAUUAGUACGUUAAUAAUAAAUGAAGA